AAGAUCGCUUAAACCGAUCGUGCCCUCUUCACCGUCGUAGUCGAUGACGUUUUCGUAGACACCGUGUCGGAUCGCGUGUGCUACGGCACAAUCUCGCCCUCUGGGGGUGGUGCUGUAUCAUUGAAUGGUCGGUCAGUGAGUGUGGGGGAGUUCGAGGCGCUCGCAAAGAAAGGUGCCCUUGGCAAAACCGAUUGCUCGUGAAGACAAAGAACCGGAACCUGCUGUCUGUGUCGCCCCAAGUCGCCCGUUGUUCGUACGUAGCGUUGCGGUCAUGAGAGAAACGGACCUUUAGCCCAUUGCAGCCCUGCUUCUUCUGACAGUAUCGAAAGUGAAAUUGUCCGUGGCGGUUCGACGUGUGUGCAUGGGGAGAAAGGAGAAAAAAAUUCUCAUCAUCCGUCUUGUGACAGUCGGUUGAACCCUGGGUCUUCCAUGUGGGUUCAUUGUCUCCCCAGUCUUUGUGACCACCGCUUGCGGAUCUACUAAGUGCUUUAGAUCGACGGCACUCGUUGUAACGUGGUUGUGUAAAACGGCCUUAAGAAGCAGUCUUUUCUAAUGGCUUUCCUCCCGAUCAACGCAAGCCAGUCAAGUUUAUAAAAAGAUAAAUGUGAGAUCAGCCAGGCAAGAAGUACGCAGUCUAAUUCCAAGGUGGUGCUGCGGUGCAGCAAAGUCGGAAUGCAAAGGUGAAGAAAAGUGAAAAAGUUUACACCCGAAACAAAAUAUGACCUAAUUGCAUAACGAAUAAACCAGCCGCGACGGAGAGGUGGUGUGUUACUUUUUUUGCUGGCAUCUUGUGCGGCAUUUUCGGGGGCGGAAAACGUAAGGCCCGAAACCGUGUCGAUUCACUUCCAUUUCUUUGGGCAUAUUUUUUUUCUUGGGCAUUGUGUUUUCGUGUCGUCGGUGCAAACGAUUUCAUAAUUUUGGCAAUGAAGUGCGCGGAGACGACGAGAUCUGCGAUAAAGAGCUGGAAACAAGGUGAAAUACUCUCCCAGAAGAUGGUAUUGCAUAAUGGCUGCGUGGCGGCGAGUGGAAAACGGAAGGGAUCGUUGCGUUCGCGUUUGUGGUUUAGUGAAAUGAUUUCGGCGAAGAUCGUUGCCUUCGGGAUUGUGCUGUUUUGUGCGGGAGUUGCGCGCGCAGAAAGGACUCCAUCGCCACAACAGGAGCAGGAUAUAUUGAUUUUGGAUGCACUUGGAAAACGGCAGCAGUUUGGAGGAGGCAGUAUAGAUUAUGGAUCGAACUCCAUAAUGGAACUACUGGGGCGAAUGAUCCCCCAGACGUGCCGGCACAAGGGCCGCAAAUUCGAGUGCGGUUUGUCGAUUUCGUGCGUGCUGGGCGGUGGCAAACCGAUCGAUCUCUGCUCCGGCGGGAUGAUCUGGUCCUGCUGCGUCGAUCGGGACUUUUUGCAGCAGGAACCGGACCCGGAGGUGGGUGCCGUCCACAACGCCAGUGACAUUAUCAAUCUGUUCGAUUUCUAUCCAUCACCCUCAUCAUCCUCAUCGUCUACUUCACCACACUCGUCGAGUAACGCAGUCCAUCAGAACCGCCCUCAACUGGCAACAGCGCCAGCACAAACUCCAAUCUACUCCAACUCUGGCAGCUACAGCUCCAAACCAUCAUACCAUCUGUACCCUGUGACAAGCACCAACCCUCCGGAGUGGAACUACGAGAGCAACCACCUGGGAAACGGCUUGAACUCUGUAUUUCAACCGCAGAAGCCCGUUCAUCAUCGACCGGUUAACUUCGGUAGUGGUGGCGGCCAUGAUGGAUCCCUACAUGACGAGGGUCUCCACGGACCGACGGCCAGUGCCAUCUACAGCGAUCGACCGUUCAGCUUCGGGACGCGUCCAACGUCCGGUUCGAUCUUUAGUACCGGGAAUGGCAUCGUCAGCAAUUCCCGACCGCCCGUUUUCAACUUUCAGCAGGAGGACGAUGGCUAUGGAAUCGAAAACGGUUGUGGCGAAUUGUACACCAGGACCAAUCGGAUAGUGGGAGGCCACUCUACCGGCUUUGGAACGCAUCCCUGGCAGGCGGCUCUCAUAAAAACGGGUUUCUUAACGAAAAAGCUCAGCUGCGGAGGGGCACUGGUUUCCAAUCGAUGGAUCGUUACGGCAGCUCACUGUGUCGCCACGACACCAAACAGCAACCUCAAAGUACGGUUAGGUGAAUGGGAUGUGCGUGAUCAGGACGAACGGUUGAACCACGAAGAGUACAACAUCGAACGGAAGGAAGUGCAUCCCAGUUAUUCGCCUAGCGAUUUCCGAAAUGACCUUGCGCUGGUAAAACUGGAUAGGAAAGUAGUUUUCCGGCAGCACAUUCUACCGGUGUGCCUUCCACCGAAAUCCACCAAACUGGUGGGUAAAAUGGCCACCGUUGCCGGCUGGGGUCGAACGCGGCACGGCCAAAGCACAGUUCCUUCAGUUUUACAGGAGGUCGAUGUGGAGGUGAUACCAAACGACCGCUGUCAACGCUGGUUCCGGGCGGCUGGACGUCGCGAAGUGAUCCAUGAUGUGUUCCUAUGUGCCGGCUACAAAGAAGGCGGCCGAGACAGCUGCCAGGGUGACUCUGGGGGACCGCUGACGCUGUCGCUGGAAGGGCGCAAAACGUUGAUCGGUCUUGUUUCCUGGGGAAUCGGGUGCGGUCGGGAACACCUGCCCGGAGUGUACACCAACAUACAGAAGUUUGUGCCUUGGAUCGAGAAAGUCAUGGGAAAGGAGUACUCCUAGGGGAGAUCGGGAUUCGUUCCUGAUCGGGAAUUCGAUGUGUAAAUAGUCAAACAAACUUUACUUCAUAGUAUUAAGUGCUGGAAGGAAGGCACAACUCUAUCAUUUGAAAAGGAAAUCAAUCAUUUACCAUGAUGUAAAUUCGACGGUACACGCUGUUUUUUAAGCGCGAUAGUAAUUUAUUUGUAAUUUAUUUUUAUUAGAACUACAGAUUGAGUCGCGUAUUUUUAACUAGUGAGAUCAUGCUGAUAUUACCAUGCUUUACGAGUUUCUGAUAUAGAUUAAGAUAAAUGAUAAUAAACUAAUGUU